AGACAUGGAUUUAGAAGCCCAAUCCGUGAAGGUUUAAACUCAAUCUUCUCCAAAUUGAUGACAUUUAUUCUGGAACGACGCAUUCCGCUGGGAACCAAUUAUGGAACACUCACCGGUAUGGGUGAAAAGCUAAUGUUUCACAUUGGAAAGUCACUUGGUACUCGCUACAAGAAGCUAAGUUCCUUGAGCACUGUCGAGACACAGUUUUCAUCUACCAAGGAGUCUGUAACCAUGCAAAGCACAAAGUGUCUGGCAUCAGGAUUCUAUGCUGAUGAAAAUCCUACAAACUCAAAGGAGAAAGGCUCACCAUGCAAUAGACACCAAUAUAUCGCACAGGCUGACUACGACAAGUUCUAUAUAGCGAAAGAAAGUCUUUUAGGAAGGUUCAAAUGUCCAGUGUAUACAAAACUGAAAAAAGAUGCAAGGCAUAAAGAACUCAAAGAGCUGCCUUCAACAGAAAAAUAUGACGAGCCACUGAAAUCUCGGAUUAAUAAGCUUUACAAAAGAGAAAUACUCAGCUCUAAGAAAUCCAGCUACUCUGUCUAUGACACGUUUCUUGCAUGGGUUCUUUACAAUCACAAUGAUGUUAUUCAAGAGUGCAUUUCCAAUGUGCUGCCAGUUAUGCAAAAAGCGUUUCAACUCCGCUUAUGGAACGACAUUCACGGAAAACUCAACAUGGCACAGUAUUUUACCGGGCCAAUUCUUACACAGAUUUUUGAUGAGAUAUAUUAUGCGCGGGAAAAAAGAUGGUUGAACUCAAAACUGUCCAAACUUCAUUUCCACGGAUCUCAUGAUAACACGGUCAGUCCUCUAUUUUGGGUCAUCAGCAAAGAAGAGACAAAAUUAGCACUACCAGGAGACACACUUAUCAUAGAGGUGUCAAAUGAUGACUUUAUCAAGGUUUACUAUUACAGUCUUUUUGGAGCAGAAAACACUGAUAGAUUCAAGCAAAUAUCCUUAAAACCUUUGCUUGGUAAAGAGGAUUGCAAAGUGGCCGAGUUCAGAACAGCAUUAAUGGAAUUUUUUCUUAGUGAGCUGGAUUGGGAGAAAAAGUGUAGGGAUAAAGAAAUGCUGAGCGGUACCUCCAGAACCUGGCCCCAAGCUGUGAAAAAGGAAGAUUUAAAUAUAGCGAACACAGAACUGGAUUGUUUGCAACACAAAGUAAAUGUAGUAGAAUGGUGACUUCAACAACUUUAAUCGUCAAAAUGGAUACCGGGUGUUUUAGAU